CUGUUACAAUAACCGGUGCUACAACCGCUGAGACCACGAAAUCAGGUAUUAUGCCAGAGUCUACAGCUACUGAGUGUAGUGGUCAGAGUCCACCAUUCCUUGCUACGAAUGUCCGUACGGACAGCACCUUCGAAGAGAUUCCCGUAAUCGAUUUGAGCGACGCAACUAGCGCUGAUCCCAUGGCGAGGAGGGCGCUCGCGGACAAGAUCAGAGACGCCUGCAUCAACGUCGGAUUUGUUUAUGUGAAGAAUCACGGUAUUCCGGAAGUGGUCAUAGAUAAUGCGGUGAACGCAGCCAGGACCUUCUUCAAGUUACCUCUCGAGACCAAGAUGAGCCUCGACAUACACAAGAGUCCCAACUUCAAGGGAUACACUGGUCUGCUUGGAGAAAACACGAACUCUGAGAACAGAGGAGACAUGCACGAAGGAUUCGACAUCGGCUGGGAAGAACUGGAGGAAGCCGGCAACGCUCUGAGGGGAGGCGACGGCGCGAUGGCUGGUGGUAAUGUCUGGCCAUCUGAUCUUCCCGGUUUCAGGGAGGCCGUACUGUCAUAUUACCACGCAGGAGUUAAGUUGGGGAAGCUACUGUUCCCUCUAUUUGCCAUGGCACUCGACGUCCCAGAGAAUUUCUUCGAUGAUAAGACAACCAAGCCAGCGGCCAUCAUGAGGCUGCUCUACUACCCGCCGCAAACUGGCGUGAUAGACGACCGCGUUAUAGGCAUCGGAGCGCACACGGACUAUGAAUGCUUCACAAUCUUGUGGCAAGACCAAGUUCAAGCACUCCAAGUGCUGAAUGCCGAUGGCAAAUGGAUAGACGCCGUCCCCAUCCCGGGGACCUUGGUAGUGAACUUGGGUGAUCAAUUCGCUCGAUGGACUAAUGAUGUGUUCAAGUCGACCGUGCAUCGAGCAGUCAAUCGGUCGGGGGUGGAGCGGUACUCUAUCCCGCUAUUCUUUGGCAGUGACUAUGACGUGCAGUUACAGCCAAUCCCGGGAUGUGUCUCCGAGGACAACCCUCCCAAAUACGAAGUCGUUACCGCAGGUGACUACGUCAAGUCGAGAUUGGAGGAAACAUAUGCGCACAGCAAAUGAUAUUCUGGGUCCAUCAGCCACGCGUAACGUCUCAGUAAGUAGAGGAGAAGAGACCGAGCCUGCCACCAUCGGUUAUGUGAAUAGUCCCAUUCACGUAUGCUCCGGCCCUACUAGCGAGAAACAGGGCUAAGCCCCCCAUAUCCUUAAUAUCUCCCGCCCGCUGUAGAGGGAUGCCGUUUUGUAUAAAGUCCUCUGACACAAGUUGCGCUGUCAUUUCUGUUGAAACGGUACAUCAGCAGUUCGUUCAGCAUCACUCGGAAACAUCCACGCCACCGGAGGGAUAUAGACCAGGCGCGAUGAUAUUGCUUCGUAUCUUCUGAUCGCGCAGAAUAUUCGCCAUCAUUUUCCCCAGCCCAGAAACACUCGAGACAGAUAUGACUUGGCUC